AUGUCGUUAAAAAAACACAGUGUGGCAUAUAUUAAGCCUGAUGAACCGAAAUUUUUGAGAGAUUUGAAAAUUCAGGCUGGAUAUAAGGAGGGACCAACAGUUGAUACUAAGAGAGGAGAAUUACCAGAAGCUACUGAAGAGGAUUUUGAAGACAGGGAAGAGGAACAACCUGUGGUUGUGGUGCUAAACAAAGAAGCAAAUGCACCAGCUGAUCUUUCGAAACCGAUAAUUUUUCGAAAAACUAAACCGUCGUCAAAAGAAUCAAAUGAAACUGAUUCUCCUGUAAUUAAAAAGCCGAAGAAAGAACAGAAGAAAGUUGUUCUGUCCUUUAAUGACGAUGACGAGGAGGAGGAAGAAUAA